AUGUUGCGAAAACUCACCGUAGAUCAGAUCAACGAUUGGUUCACAAUUGGCAAAGCGGUCACUGGGGUGGAAUUCCUGGGGAGUGAAUUCCGGCCUGCUGGGUUUGCUCCUCACCUUGAUGGAAGUGUUCAAGAGCAGGCGCCUGCUGCUCGUGUGACACCUGUGCUGCAAAGCGCUGGAGUGGAAUAUGUAAAAAGAUAUAGGCAAUUGGAGGCAGAAGAACUGAAUGCAGCAGGUGGCAAUUGGUCUUCCACUAAACCAGGAACACCUCAGCACGAAUCUACUCUUGCUACUUGCAUACCAGAUGGCAAUUACAAAUAUCCUGACUUGCCCAUCUCAAGAUACAAGGAAGAGAUAAUUUCAUUGAUAGAAAACAACUCAGUGGUAAUUGUACAUGGAUCUACUGGUAGUGGCAAAAGCACACAACUUCCACAGUAUAUUUUGGAUCACUGUGCACAGCAUUCUGUUUAUUGUAACAUUGUGGUUACACAGCCUAGGAAAAUUGGUGCUAGCAGCAUUGCAAGGUGGAUAAGCAAACAGAGGUCAUGGCCUUUGGGUGAACUCGUGGGCUACCAGGUUGGUUUAGAAAAAGUUGCAACAAAGGACACGAAGCUGAUUUAUAUGACAACUGGUGUCCUUCUUCAGAAAGUAGUUGGAGCCAAAAGUCUUUUGGAGUUCACCCAUGUUUUUAUAGAUGAAGUACAUGAGCGUACAGAAGAGAUGGAUUUCUUGCUGCUGGUGAUCCGUAAACUGCUGCGCACGAAUUCACGAUUUGUGAAGGUAAUUCUGAUGUCUGCAACUAUUGACUGUCAGGAGUUUGCCAACUAUUUUGCAAUACCAGUUUGCAACAAAUUGUAUCCAGCCUAUGUAUUUCAAGUGGAAGGCAAGCCUCAUGCGAUUGAAGAAUAUUACCUGGAUGAUCUGAAGCCUGUUAUUGGUCAUAUUAGGAUUCCUGCUCAAAUUAUUGAGGAGCCACUGAUAAAUCCAGAGACAUACAAAGCUGCAGUUGCUCUGAUACAGUGGUUUGAUGAGCUGGAGACGAAGGAAAAUGGCUGCAGGGCAAGAUCUGGUCUGGAGUUUGUGUCAGAACGUGGCAGUGUGCUAGUAUUUUUACCAGGUUUGGCGGAAAUAAAUUACUUGCAUGAGCUUCUCACAAGCAUGGUUCACAGGAGGUUACAAGUAUAUCCACUCCACUCCAUUGUCACAUUGGAAGAACAGAAUAAUAUAUUUUUGGCUCCAGUUCCUGGUUAUCGAAAAAUCCUUCUGUCUACAAAUAUAGCAGAGAGCUCUGUAACAGUUCCAGAUGUCAAAUAUGUCAUUGAUUUUUGUUUGACUAGAAAUCUGGUUUGUGAUGAAGAUACCAACUAUCAGAGUUUGAGGCUUUGUUGGGCAUCUAAGAACAGCUGCAAUCAGAGGAGGGGUCGAGCUGGCCGCGUCUCUAAAGGAUACUGCUACAGACUAGUAUACAAGGACUUCUGGGCAAGCUAUAUACCAGAGAGCACUAUUCCUGAGAUGAUGCGUUGCCCGUUGGAAACUACUGUACUAAAAGUGAAGCUGCUUGACAUGGGAGAACCAAGAGCUUUGUUAGCAACAGCUCUCUCUCCUCCUAUUAUCAGUGAUAUUGAACGCACAAUUCUGCACCUUAAAGAGUUAGGGGCACUUGCUGUUGAUCAUUCUGAAGAAAGAAACCCUUACGAUGGUAAGCUGACCUUUCUAGGAAAGGUGCUGGCACAGUUACCUGUGAAUCAGCACCUAGGCAAACUAAUAGUUCUUGGACAUGUCUUUGGAUGCCUGGAAGAAACACUUAUAAUAGCUGCAGCCCUCUCUUUGAACAGUUUCUUUGUAAUACCUUUCAGGCAACAUCUUGAUGGAUACAGGAACAAGCUACGUUUCUCUGGGAAUAGCAAGAGUGAUUGCAUUGCAAUUGUUGAUGCAUUUAAGGAAUGGCAAGAAAACAAGCAAAAAGGAAAGCUCAGACAUCCAAAGGAUGAACUGGUCUGGGGCCGUUCCAACUACAUUCACAUCAAGAGAAUUAGAGAGGUGGCUGAAUUGUAUGAGGAGUUGAAAAAAAGAGUUGGUGCAUUGAAUAUGUAUGUCAACACUCAUUCUCCUGUCAUGGAUCAUGACCAUGUAUAUAAGCAGCGUUUUAUUUUGCAGGUGGUAAUGGCUGGAGCUUUCUAUCCAAAUUAUUUUACUUUUGGGCAACAUGAUGAAGAAGUUGCUGUGAGGGAAUUGUCAGGCAGAGAUCUCAAAACAACAGUGAUGUUGAAGAACAUUCCUCCCUAUGGCUUUUUGUAUUAUAAGCAGCUGCAAUCCCUGUUCAGACAAUGUGGUCAAGUCAAAUCCAUUGUUUAUGAUGGAACCAAAGCCUUUGUAGAAUUUUCUCGGAAUCCUACGGAACGUUUUAAAACACUUCCUGCAGUGUACCUUGCCCUUAAAAUGGCACAGAUGAGGAUUCCGUUUGAACUGAACGUACAUUCCCCAGAGGAGAUAGAGGGGAAGAUGGCAGAAGAAGCUAGCACUGUUCUGAGGGGCGAGAGAGUGAACAUUGACUUUCAGAAGCAUACUGUGACUCUUAUGCAGAAGUUCUGUAAUACCUUGGAAAAACUUCAGACUAUAAUUAGUCUUGAUUUAUCUAUCAGUGUCACUGAGGUUGUAGAGGUUGGACACUUCUGGGGAUACAGAAUAGAUGAAAGAAACAUGGCUUUACUACAAAAUCUGUCUGCUGAGAUCAGCCGGCUGGAGUUGAUCUCUUUGCCUGUUCGCCCCUAUCCGGACUUGGUUUGUUUGGCACCUUUUACUGACUGGGAAAAUGAGAGGUACUACCGAGCCCAAGUCCUGUAUGUGUCUGGAGAAAGGGCCGAGGUGUUCUAUGUAGAUUAUGGCAAUAGAUCAGAAGUGGAUUUGGGCCGGUUACGAGAGAUUCCAAGCCAUCUCCGAGAGCUUCCCUUUCAGGCUCUGGAAUUCAAGGUGCGUGGAAUGCGUCCCUCUGCACAAUCUCUUGUUUGCGGAGAACAAUGGAGUUAUGCCGCAAGCCAAAGAUUUUCUUCUUUGGUCAAUGGCUGUGCCCUGAUGGUGAAAGUUUUCUCAGUUGUGCAUGGCGUCUUGCAUGUGGAUGUGCUUCGAUACUCUGGCAUUAUGGACGUUGUGAAUAUCUGCACCAUCCUUAUUCAAGAAGGCUAUGCUGAACCUGCAGAUGACUCUUAUGAAUCAAAACUAAAUCAUGAAAAUCUCAAACAAUUGUUUUCAAAGCCCAAAGAAAGUAAGGGGAAGAAAUUGGCGCCCCCACAGAAGAUCUCAAGAGAAGAGAAUUCCCUGAUUGAAAUGUUGGAGAGCUGCUCUGCUAACAAGAUUAGUGCCCCAAACUACAAAGCAACACUACUUGGCCCUUUCAAUCCCUACAACUUAAAAUUCAGCAGUAUGACCCGAAUUUCCAGAUUCAGAACAGUCUUGAUAGAGAAGGAAAGUGUAAACUCUGUUGUUGUAGCUGAUGCUCCUGAAGAUGCAUUUCAACAAAUACUGGUUGCUGCUUCCAUAUCUGUAAAUGCAACAGGCUCAACAAUGAUACUAAGGGAAACUUCUCUCAUGCCUCAUAUUCCGGGUCUCCCAGCAUUACUAAGCAUGCUGUUUGCUCCUGUGAUAGACCUCAGGGUUGAUGAAAGCAGGAAGAGGUACAUUGGUGUCCUAUGUGGUUUGGGUUGGAACCAGGCCCUGGGGAGCCCAGUCCUCCAAGACCAUGAUAUGGAACUUACAUUUGAUGUGCAGAUUGAUGCAGAUGACAUCACACAGAUAAACAUUCUAAGGACUUGCAUUAACAAAUUAGUCUCUGAUGGCCCAAAUGGCCUGCUGCAUUUUGGUCCUGAGAGAAUUGCCCAGUUGCAGAAUACAGCUUGCCAAAAGCUUUUAAGCUUAAUUUGCAAAUCAAAACCUCGUGAGGUUAUUCCUCCCAUGUGGUAUACAAACCCAUACGAAUGGAGCCAGCUGAGAUCAUCGCUUGUGAUUGAUCAAUCUGAUCAUCCAGAUGGAAGGGGGAGGAAUGCCUCUCUAUACCAGUUGCAUAAGUUGGUGUUACUAAAUGCCUAA